UCUGCUAGUGAUCGGUAGGACAAAUUUGCUAUAGUGCGCUUUGUACUGAAACGAUCUCUCCGCUUCUACUUAUAAAGAAAACAAGCACAAAUAUAUUUAUUUUUAGUGAGGUUCGCUACGUCGUCGUGAGCCCCACUUAAACAUUUAACACUGAAAGUUUGUGUGUGCUUCGAGUUAUUGCAAUUUCUUACGUUGAAACGUGAAUACCGUUCGUAGUUAGUUGCUGCGGUGAUCGCUGGUGGUGUUUCAGACUCCAUCGUUAGUAAAUAAAAAAUAAUAUUAAAAUAAACAACCAGACACACAAUGGCAAAACUCUUUGUGGUUUUUGCCAUUUUAGCUGUAGCCACAGCGACAGCCUCUGCCGAUCGUGUGAGACGUCAAGCCUCAACAGAGGAGCCCAAAAAGGAGGAGUCCUUCGAAAAGGAGCUCUGCAAGGAUAAAGAUGCUGGCGAAUGGUUCCGUUUAGUCGCUGGUGAAGGCGAUAACUGCCGUGAUGUCAUCCAGUGUACAUCGUCAGGUCUGCAAGCCAUCCGUUGCCCGGCUGGUCUGUACUUCGAUAUCGAGAAGCAGACUUGUGACUGGAAAGAAUCCGUAAAGAAUUGCAAAUCGAAGAACAAGGAGCGACGUGUCAAACCUUUGCUACACACAGACGAGCCACUGUGUCAGGAUGGUUUCUUGGCUUGUGGUGAUGGCAAUUGUAUUGAGCGCGGUCUCUUCUGUAACGGCGAGAAGGAUUGCUCAGACGGUUCCGAUGAGAACACUUGUGAUAUCGAUAACGAUCCCAAUCGCGCUCCACCCUGCGAUCCCACUGUAUGUGUGUUGCCCGAUUGUUUCUGCUCUGAAGAUGGUACCUCCAUCCCCGGCGAUUUGCCAGCCAAGGAUGUACCUAUGAUGAUCACCAUUACCUUCGAUGAUGCCAUCAACAACAACAAUAUUGAAUUGUACAAGGAAAUCUUCAAGGGACGCAAGAACCCCAACGGUUGUGACAUUAAGGCCACCUACUUCACUUCGCACAAAUACACCAACUACUCAGCGGUGCAAGAGACCGCACGUAAAGGACACGAAAUUGCUGUGCACUCCAUUACACACAACGAUGAAGAGCGCUUCUGGUCGAACGCUACCGUCGACGAUUGGGCCAAGGAAAUGGCUGGUAUGCGUAUCAUCAUCGAGAAAUACGCCAACAUCACCGAUAACUCCGUUGUGGGUGUACGUGCACCAUACUUGCGUGUCGGUGGCAACAAUCAAUUCACAAUGAUGGAAGAACAAGCUUUCCUUUAUGACUCCACCAUCACUGCCCCACUUUCGAAUCCACCACUAUGGCCAUACACCAUGUACUUCCGCAUGCCACACCGUUGCCACGGUAAUCUGCAGAGCUGCCCAACACGUUCACAUGCCGUCUGGGAAAUGGUGAUGAACGAAUUGGAUCGUCGUGAGGAUCCAGCCAAUGAUGAAUAUCUGCCUGGUUGCGCUAUGGUUGAUUCGUGUUCGAACAUUUUGACCGGUGAUCAAUUCUACAAUUUCCUCAAUCACAAUUUCGAUCGCCAUUACGACCAGAAUCGUGCACCAUUGGGUCUGUACUUCCAUGCCGCUUGGUUGAAGAACAAUCCCGAGUUCUUGGAUGCCUUCCUGUACUGGAUCGAUGAGAUCUUGGCCAAUCACAAUGAUGUCUACUUCGUCACAAUGACACAGGUCAUCCAAUGGAUGCAGAAUCCACGCACCAUCAGCGAAGCCAAGAACUUCGAACCAUGGAGGGAGAAGUGUGUGGUCGAAGGCAAGCCAGCAUGCUGGGUGCCCAACACUUGCAAGCUGACCUCCAAGGAAAUUCCCGGUGAGACCAUCAACUUGCAGACUUGCGUGCGUUGCCCGAACAACUACCCAUGGGUGAACGAUCCAACCGGUGAUGGUUUCUUCUAAGUCAAACGCGCUCACCUGUAAUCGCACAGCCAGCCAAGUUUUUUUUUGUUUUUAACUCAUUUUAAGUCUACUGACUUUUCGUAAGGUUUGUGCGCUAGCUCGCUUUGUUAAUGUUUUUAAGUUUUCUACUUCUUUUCUUGUUCUUGUUCUUUAUUUUUUUUUUUUUUGCCUAUCGAAUUUGCUGUGUUAUAUUUUUCUUUACUCUUCUGUACUCUUAUUUAACCUAUAAAUUUGCUACUUAUCAUUUGUAAAUAUUUUUACUGUUAAUGGCCGCACGCAGAUAACUAAGCUAAACAUUAAAAAAAUAAAUAAAUAAAAUCAAGUUUAUAUUAAGUUAAAAAAAAACGAAAAAAUAUGCCACUUUCUAUUUUGUAUUUUUGUUUUUUGUUUUUUGUUUUAAGUUUUCUUUCUUUAUUUUCACUGCCUUUAACGUUAUGUUUGCUCUAAUUAUGCAAGACUUUUAUUAUUUGACUGACCUUCGAGCUGUCAAAUGAUUAUUGGCAACUAUUUACACAUCAAUACGGGCCGCACACAUAGGUAUUUGGCACUCAAGGUCGUUGCUGUGUUAAUUUUAAAGUUACGUAAAAGCCGAACAAAAUACAUACAUACAUACAUAUGUACACAAACACAAAGAAAUACACGAAGCGAUACAAGCAGUAGCCGGAAAGUAAUCAAUUCCACACAUGAUAUCAAAUAUUUUCGACAAAUA